AUGGUUGUGGUGUACGUCCCCGAGCUCUUAGAACUGGACCCGCCCAAAUGGGAGCUAAGUAAAGUGACCGAGUUCUUCCUCCUGGCUUCCGUGUCCUACGACCGCUACAUCGCCAUUUGCCGACCUCUAUACUACACGACCGCCAGAACCAGAAACUUUACUCCUGUCAUUCUUGGCCUCCAACUGGGCCUCUGUGGCUCCGCAGCCAUUGACCACUUAUUCUGUGACGUCUUGCCUCUGCUUCUACUCUCCUGCUCGGACACCGGGUUCCUGGAGCUGACGGCUUUCAUCUUGGCAUUGGGGACAUUACUGGUCACCUUGGUAUUAGUGGCCGUGUCCUACACAGCCAUCGCCCGCACCAUCCUGAGACUGUCCUCUACUCAGCAGAAGAGAAAAGACUUUUCCACUUGCUCCUCCUACACAGUCGUGGUCUCCAUCAUAUAUGGCAGCUGCAUCUUUAUGUAUAUGAAACCGUCUGCCAAGGACAGGGUGGACAUGACCAAGGGAGUGGCCGUGCUCUACACUACCGUGGUCACCAUGCUGAACCCCUUCAUCUACACUCUUCGGAACCAGCAGGUCAAAGCAGGCCAUCAGCGACCUGGUGCACAGGUUGAAUUUUCCACCAAGGGGUGUGAUCCCGGACGAAAUCCAGAAUCAGCGAUGAGAAAUCAGACCUCAGUGACCGAGUUCAUCUUCUUGGGUCUGACGGACAAUCCAGACCGGAAGAAUGUCAUCUUCUUAUUCCUGCUACUCAAAAUUUCGUUUACAUCGGUCACCAUUCCCGAACUGCUGGUGGGUAUUUCGACCGGGGACAGGACCAUUUCCUAUAAUGCUUUUGUCAUUCAGUUUUUCUUCGUCAUCUUCUUGGGGGAGACAGAAAUCUUUCUCCUGGCUGCCAUGUCCUACAACCGCUAUGUCGCCAUCUGCCAGCCGCUACAUUACUUGACCAUCAUGAGCCGGAGACAACUGCAUAUUCAUGCACAUCAGCCAUCCCCCGAGGAAAGUUUAGACUUCAACAAGAGGGUGCCGGUGCCAAACAUCUCCGUGGCCCCCAUGCUGAACCCCUUUAUCUACACCCUACGAAACCAGCAGGUGAAGCAGGCCAUCAGGGACGUAGCCAAGAGGGCGAUUUUCUUUAAGAAGAAAUAA